AUGCCUGGCCAAGCGGUAUAUUCGGUAUUGCAUGGCACGACGUGUGCGUGCAAGAGAGAGUGUGUGUGGAGAAAACAUGCACCCAAUAUCCACCACAUGAACGAUGGAGAUACAAGGUACACAGGUAAUGCAAUGUCGACAUGUACUGUACUGUACACACAACCACUAGGCGGCCAACAGCAACACGACCGAGCCUAUAAUAGCGAGCACAUAUAGCUGUAGAGCCAGACAGGGGUGCCGCCAUGGCCCAAACCCAAUCAGGGCAGCGGUUAGGCCCCGUACAUAUGCAAAUCCCAACCACCAUCACACACGCAUCACACACCUUACUAUUGUAUCCUGUAUCUCGUAUCUACGCAGUGCCAUCGUGCCAUUGAUGCGAGCCACGGCUACACGUAUCAAAGCACCGACUAGGCGCCUCAGCCAGACAGACCCACUGCCCGCACCCAGGCAGGCAUCCAACCCACAACGCCACGACCCAUCACGGAUGCGCCUGCAGCAUCUCUGUUUUGCUCCUCACCAUCUCUCUAUUCCUCUCGGCCGUGAGGUCACAAGCCCGUCCAUC